AAGACUUUCAGCGGAGAGGGCUACAGCCUUGAGGAGGCGGCGGUAAUGUCCUGCCUCCUCUCGCCUAGCUGCAGCUGAGCCAGCUUUACGCACAUACGAGUUCUGCGCAUCUGGUCGGCAUCAGCAGCAGCUUCUCUCUUCCUCAGUCCAGUUGCGACCGUGACUCAGUCUGAGUGGGAAGUGGGGGGAAACAAUUCUUGUUUUAGAGGGCUCAUUCCCGAAAACACGCACAGGACGAGGGUGUAUGUGUGUGUCUUUUUAUAUAUAUAUAUAUGGUGAUCUUUUUGUUAACGCGCGACUGGAUGGAUUGGCUCGGUUUCUGAUCGGGAAAAGCAGACGAGAAAACUUUUGUUUUGUCCUCCGUUUGUUGAAAUCUGUUUUUAUAUAUAUAUAUAUAUAUCGCCACAGCAGUCUGGAUGUGACCAGACUCGCUUUUUUUUACUUGGAAUCGAGGUUUGGUUUCGGGCUGGUUUGGAGGCACAGCCCGUGCGUUCUUUCUGCAUGCAAGGAUCUAUUUGGCUCGCUUAUUGCUGUCGCUCCAUUUUUUUCCACUGUAUCCUAUUUGCGUCAUGACUUCUAGCUAUGCACAUGUAAUGGACAGGCAAGCAACGAUAUCAAACCGCCUGGAGAGCCCGAUUACAUCUAACCUGGAAAACCUGCAAGCCAAAAAGAACUUCUCGGUCAGCCACCUGUUGGAUCUGGAAGAGGCCGGGGAAAUGGUCGGAACCCAGGCGGACGAGAGCGUAGGGGAGGCCGGGAGGAGUAUGCUGGAGUCCCCGGGGCUGACCAGUGGCAGCGACACGACUCAGCAGGAGAAUGAACAGAUGAACACAGAGGAGAAGAAGAAGAGGAAGCAGCGAAGGAACAGGACCACCUUCAACAGUAGCCAGCUACAGGCUCUGGAGAGAGUGUUUGAGAGGACACACUACCCCGACGCCUUCGUCAGAGAGGACCUGGCCCGCCGAGUCAACCUCACAGAGGCCCGAGUGCAGGUUUGGUUUCAGAAUAGGAGAGCUAAGUUCCGCAGGAAUGAGCGUGCCAUGCUGGCCAGCAAGAACGCCUCGCUCCUCAAAUCCUACUCGGGGGACGUGACGGCGGUGGAGCAGCCCAUCGUUCCCCGUCCGGCACCCCGUCCCAAUGAUUAUCUAUCCUGGGGCAGCGCCGCUCCGUACAGCUGGUAUCCGAUGCCGGAGGGAGGGACAAUGCGAGUGCCACAGAAAAUGCUGCCCUCAGAGAGCAACACCAUGGCCACUUACCCGCCCACCUGCUCCAACACCAAUACAUCCCAGGGAAUGAACAUGGCCAACAGCAUCGCCAACCUGAGGCUCAAAGCCAAGGAGUACAGCCUGAACCAGGUACCCACGGUCAACUGAGGAGGCAGCCGGGAGAGAGAGGCUACAAAUGGGGGUUGGUGUGUGUGUGUUGAGGGGGGGGCAAGGUGGGGCUUUUGCAGGCGGGGGAGGGGCCCCUCUCCACUGCCGGACCCCCGUAGACAGACACUGUCUCUGGGAUGAUCGUCAUCUCACGUACCCCUUCCAUGGAAUCCAAUCGUGAAGUCUCCUCUCCUAUCCGGAGCUGCGUCGCUUGCGAUGACAUGCCUCCGUUAUAUCCUAAGCACUCCUUAGCAUCUCGGUGAUGGACACCAAGUGGCGGGAGGCUGCGUCUAAAGCCCCCCCCCCCCCCGCCUGAGCAUCGCUCAACUCUUUGUGUGUACUAGGGACAUCUAUGUUGGAUGCUGUAGCUGACUAGCUGAGUAGUUUUACGUUUUGAUUCUGACACAAACUGAAAUGGAGGGCACGUUUCCACAGGCCUUUCACUGGAGAGUUGGUUCUCAUAGUCUUGACUCGGUCAGCCCCCCCCCCCCCUUAGCACGAGUGUUAAAUGAAGACCGCUGUUGGAGAUGAGGAGACUCGUGUACGGACUACUUGGAGUUCCCUGUCUUCCCUCGGCCACGGUGCUGGAUGGGAUCAGAACAGUCCAAUUGGGACCAGCAAAGCUUUUCAAUCAGCAACAAGGACUUUCUCAACAAUGUAAAAAUGGGAGAACUAAUAACAUCUAUGCUUCUUUUUUUUUCCUAAAAAAAAAGUUUUGUUUUUCACACUUCUUUCCAUGUUAUACCACUGACAAGCAAACAUUUUCAACGCAUUUUGAUUCAUGUAAUAGUCCAGUAUACAGGAGAGGCUAAUGUAUUUCUGAAUCCAACAACAGUAGAUUCUUUUAAUUUCCUAUGGUAUCCUUUAUUUGUAACAGAAAAAAAACCUUGUAUAUUAAUAAAAUGCAUUUCAA